CGGCCUGAAUCCCGUUGCAACUGGUUGGAAAGGUUGUUGGAAACAGUCUGCGCGUGAACUGUGCAUAUUGAUUUGUGACAUUUGACACGUUGACGUGAAUUUCUUGAAUAUUUCAUGAAUUAUUUGUAAGAGAACGAUGAAAGGAAAUUACACAUUCACGAUCUCAUUGUUCUUCGUGGUUUUAUUUAAAUUUAUACAAUGUGACGAGGUGCACAGGUACCCAUUACUGAUGCCAAAUGUCACACCAUACAAGGAAGAGUUAUAUCUGUGCACUCCUAUUAAGGUGGAUCCUACUCAGAAUUACUAUCUAGUAGCUUUCGAGCCGAACGCGACAAUGGCAAGUGCUCACCACAUACUUUUAUAUGGUUGUGGAAAACCUGGCAGUGCACAGAGUAUAUGGGACUGUGGGGAAAUGGGACAUGGUAGUAAUAAUAACUUGGAGACAUCGGUUCCUUGUGCAGAGGACUCCCAGAUACUGUAUGCUUGGGCUAGAGAUGCACCAAAAUUGAUUCUACCGGAAGGAGUAGGUUUCAAAGUUGGUGGGGACUCAUCGAUCAAGUACUUAGUCCUACAGGUUCACUAUGCCAGUGUAGACCUGUUCAAAGAUGGUAGAACAGAUGAUUCUGGUGUGUUCCUGCAUUAUACUUUACGUCCACUUAAUAAAUUAGCAAGUGUUCUCUUAUUGGGAACAUCUGGCAUGGUACCACCCAGAAGUACGACGUACAUGGAGACAGCUUGCAUGAUAAAAGAGAACAAAACUAUUCAUCCAUUUGCGUAUAGAAUUCACACUCAUUCACUUGGGAGAGUGGUCUCCGGAUACUUGGUGAAACCAGAUUUUACAUGGAUCGAGUUAGGCAAAAGGGAUCCCCUGACUCCUCAGAUGUUCUAUCCGAUACAUAACGAAGUGACGGCAGGAGAAGGAGAUCAAAUAGCAGCACGUUGUACCAUGCAGAGUACACGUGAUCGCGUGACGUACAUCGGCGCUACCAAGGAAGACGAAAUGUGUAAUUUUUAUUUAAUGUAUUACGUCGAAAAUGACGAGCCACUAACAAUGAAAUAUUGCUUUACCAACGGUCCUCCUAGUUUCUAUUGGAGGGACGCUGGACUCUUCAACAUUCCUACUAGAGAGGCGUCCACAUUAUAAUUAUAAGUGUUGGUUAGAAAUUGGUAUCGAUUCGGGAUUUGUUGACAAUGAUGCAUAGUUUAAAUGGAAGCAUUUUAUCUAUUUGUUAUAAAAUAGAAAUUGUUUUUCCUGUUUGUUAGGAACUUUCGUAUUCAGUACGAAAUUGUAAUAGGUUCUUAGUUUAGAUCAGUGUUCCGUCAAUGUGAUGUAUAAUUAUUUUUAUCGUUAUUUCGUAUCUGAAUGUUGUAUUUAAUUUCUCGUCUACUGUGUCGUCUAAAACAGGCCUAUACGUAAUUGUCUCUUAUUUAUUUCUAACUUAUUGUCAAUUCGAAUGAAGGAACAUAAUUUUAAUUCCAAGCUCCAACUUUCCAUAUUGUUCAUCGUUUGAAAAAUUUAACGAGCAUCGAACGAUGUACGUCAUCCACGAUCUUCCUGUUAUACUCGGAAACUUGGAUUGCAUUUUAUCACGGAUCGUUUUAGCUAACAGUAUUCAUUUUUACCUCAGCGACUCUUCGGAGGAAUAUACAAGAGAAUGUACGUAUGUAACACAACUGAGAACAUGACUGAAAGUAAGACAUUUCCCACUAUAACUCGAUGUUAUUCUAUCUAUAAGCGUAACGAAAUGAAAUUUAUUUUCGAAGAUAUACAGAAGGUGCACGGGUGCAUCUACGAAAUAUAUAUCUAUAAUACCUAUUUCUAUGAAUAUUCUCUUACUGUCAUUAAUAAAUUACGCGCAUCUGAAAAA